UGCUGAUCCGCUGUAGUCGCUCUCUGCAGGAGCAGUAGAGAGUCAGUCACCCACACAACAUGUAUUGACUUCAUGCCGCUUCCAGUCGACUGAUAAGGUCCCAUUAAUCCAUAGGAAGUGGAUCUGACAGACUAUCAGUAUGGCAGAGGGCUUUUUGAUGGAGGUGUGUGUGGACUCCGUGGAGUCUGCUGUCAAUGCUGAACGAGGAGGUGCAGGUAGACUUGAGCUGUGCUCAAGUCUUCUGGAGGGAGGGCUCACUCCCAGUGUAGGUCUGCUGCAGGUAGUGAAGCAGUAUGUCAAAAUUCCAGUCUAUGUGAUGAUACGGCCUCGAGGAGGGGACUUCCUGUACUCAGAUCAGGAAGUGGAGGUGAUGAGGAAGGACAUAGAGCUGAUGAAGAGCUAUGGGGCUGAUGGACUAGUGCUGGGAGCCCUGACAGAGGAUGGACGCGUGGACACAGAGCUCUGCAUGGAAUUACUGGCUGCUGCUCGUCCUUUGCCUGUCACCUUCCACCGAGCUUUUGACAUGGUUCAUGACCCAGCGGUUGCUCUGGAGACUCUGGUAUCAUUAGGGUUCCAGCGUGUGUUGACGAGUGGCUGUGACAGCUCUGCUUUGGAAGGACUCCCUUUCAUCAAACGGGUCAUUGAUCAAGCUAAGGGGAGAAUUAUCAUAAUGCCAGGAGGGGGUAUCACAGAGAGGAACCUGCAGAGAAUUUUAGAGGGAUCAGGUGCUCAAGAGUUUCACUGCUCAGCCCGCUCCAGUAGAGAUUCUGCCAUGAAGUUCAGGAACACCUGUGUGACGAUGGGAGCUGCUUUCUCAGCACCAGAGUAUGGCCUAAAGGUGGCAGAUGUGAGCAAAGUCCGCACUCUUAAUGCAAUUGCCAGAAAUACCUUGUGAAUGGACAAUCACGACAGGAAACAAAACAGAUACCUCAGAAGUGAUCAUAAGUAACUGUACUGAUGCGCCAUCAUUUAUUUUCACUAAUUCCCAGAAACAGAGGAUAUUUCAGAAUUGCCACAGAGUGUUUUUUUUCUAAUCACUGAUCAAACAGUAGAGCUCAGGGACAGCCCUGCAGCCUUCUGUGGUACGUACUCUAUUAAAGCAUCUCACAGUGCAGAGAGCUGUACAUAAUUUACAUGUGUUAUUAUGAACCUGUGUGCGGCCUCAGUGGCAGUGUAAUACACACAGUAGAUUGUUAAUUAAAAUAAUUUAAAAAAUGGCUGUGUUUCGAAAGCUCAAGAAAAGCACUAAUCAGUGCUGUUGUGGUUUUCAGAAAAGUAUGUUUUCCGUUUAUAAAAUCAUUGACCUAUAUUUUCAGCACUCCCUAUUUACAGUGGAAAUGAACACGAAGCUGUAUCCUUCUGUACUUCAUUUUUUACAAGGUCAGAAACAUUAUGACCUGGUUCAGUAUGUAAUAAAAGUCAGAAAAUUUCAGCAGUUUAGUGCACUUUGUUUUCUUGUUAAUGUUAAAUGAAUCAUGCUUCAUUUACACUAACUUCACAUAACGCUGUUAUAAUGUGGGGUAAGAGGUAGCAGAGGCAUGUUAUCAUCUUUACAUCUUCACAUAUAGACAUUAUAGACUGAAACGUCAUGGAGCAUUAAAACUAUGUGCUUUACAGUGUAUCUGUAAGACACACUUUACUUUGAAUAGCACGGGCAAAUAUGGGCAUAUGGGCAAAUGUCAUGAAGCAGGUUUACUGAUUCAUAUGGGUGACUAAGAACAGGCAUGAAAACCUCUCAAAAGUGACCUAUUUGGGGGUUUUACUGAGAAAAGUUAACCAGUUACUUCAAUAAACCUCUGAGAAAAGACCUUGGCCCUCUAUAAUAGCAUUUUGCUGUAUCAUGCCUUUUAUCAAUAAAAAUUUAAAUAUGUAUUCACGGGAGCACUGUAGUAAACUAUGAAUAUGAUUCAUCUUAAUUUGGAAAUAUUGAAAUUUAUCAUUGUGAAACCCAGUUUCAUUAGCUAAUUUCAUUCUUUUUGGAAAGUAACGUACUAAAUCUGUUAGACUUGGGUUUUAAUCCAUAUUGUGUCUUUAAGGUGUAAAAUGAAUUUUCAUACAGUGUUGUUGUCUGGUUAGAGAGCACGAACAGGCAAAUAUAGUUAAUUUGGAUUUAAAUUUGAGUUGAAAUAUAUAUAUGCACAGAGAGCUUUCCCAGCUGACAGUUGCAUUUGUUACAGCAGUAUACUAGAAUGAACAUAGCAGCCCUACAGUAUAUAAAUAUACUAAAUAUAUGAAAUCAGGCAGAUUUGAUCAUCUGUUUCCACUGUUACACUGGCCUGAACUAUGGGCUACAGCUCACAUUUUCUAGAUUACUCAUUCAGUCUAUGAAAUGUCAUAAAUAAAUAAAAUUAAAUAAAUAAAAAAUAAAUUACAAUACAAAAUGCCUCCUCUUUUAAGGAUAAAGCCCAAAGAUUUUCAGUGUAUUUCACAAAAAACUGAGAAAACAAGCAAACAUUCACAUUUAAGAAGCUGGAACCUUGAAACCUUUUGUGAUUUUGUUGAGAGAGUUACAUAAACAAUCUUUUAUCUAAAAUUAUCAGACUUCUCAUACCAUCUUCUGUUGAUUGACUAAUCAUUUAUUCAAUUAUCUACUUCAGCUCAAGCCAUAGUCCUCUCUGCAUGUCCUUCUUGGUGGCAUGUCUCUAAGGUGACCUUAGCAAAGCACCACAGAGUGGAUAGGAAACAGUUUUCAAUCAAAUAUUUAUGUAUGUCUCCAGUUUCAGAUUGAUCUUAGCUGUAGUCUGCUAUAGGCAGCUACUUCAUCUUUAUGUGCCUGCCUUACCCUCUUUUAAAAUUGUGCCCUGUGUCUGCCAUCACCCUUCAACAUAGCUUCUCUCUUCAAUUUAAGUCCCUGUCAAAGUAAUUACCUUCACCAUUGCAAAAUAAAGAACGGAAUUUAGCAGAUAGGCACUGAGGGGUAGAACCAUAGUUUUAAAUCACGUGGUUACAUUGCUUUUUGAUUAUGUAUGUGCUGCUCCACGUGCCACAUGGCUGUCCUUGACCGGACUGAGCAAACAAUGACUCAGCCAGAUUCUGACCAUUUGGUGUUAUCAAACCUGUAAUGAUUAACCAUCACAUAAUCAGUGUAAUCUGUUUUUGGACCGUCAUAGUCAGUGAAAGACUUUUCACACACAUUCUUUAUUGCUAAUUAAGGUUGUAUUUACAGCUCUGU